AUGGAAAACCAGGACAAAAUGCCAACUUCAGAAGAAUAUGCGCAUGGGGACCAUAUGGAAAAGACCCAAAGAGGAUCUCAAAAAAGACCACGAGAAGCAGAAGAAACAGCCAGUGAGCCCAUGAACCGCAAAGUGGAUUUCGAGCAACUGGGCUUUCUACCCACUACAGGGAGCCGGCGGGUCCGGCUGGUGAACGGGACUGGGCACUGUGCUGGGAGAGUGGAGCUGUACUACCAGGGCACCUGGGGGACUGUGUGUGACGAUGGCUGGGACCUGUCUGAUGCCGCCGUCGUUUGCCACCAGCUGGGCUGUGGAGGGGCGGUGGAGGCGGCUGGCUCUGCUCGGUUUGGGGAAGGCUCCGGCCAGAUCUGGCUGGAUGGCGUGAACUGCUCUGGGACCGAAGCUGCUCUCUGGGACUGCCCUGCUGGGCCCUGGGGGCAGCAUGACUGCAGGCACAAAGAGGACGCGGGAGUCAUCUGCUCAGAGUUUGUGGCCCUGAGGCUGGAGAACAACGACGGCUGCUCCGGGCGCCUGCAGGUUUUCUACAACGGGACAUGGGGGAGCAUUUGCUCCAACUCGAUGACUCUUGACACGGUGUCGCUGGCAUGCAAGGAGCUGGGCUGCGGGGAUGGAGGAUCCCUGGAAACACGCCUGCCCUAUGGCAGGGUGUCUGGCCCUGCCUGGCUGGAUAACGUGCAGUGUGGGGAGAAAACCAGCUCCUUCUGGCAGUGUCCCUCCACUCCCUGGAACCCGCAGUCAUGUGAAGACCUGCGAGAUGAGAUCCACAUCACCUGCAAUGGUAACCUGGGCACCACUGUCACCCCAGCUGCUGCUCCCUGCACCUCCAGGGAGAAGAUUCGUGCAGUGGGAGGCGAGGACAGGUGCUCGGGCAGAGUGGAGGUCUGGCACCGUGGCUCUUGGGGGACGGUGUGCGACGAUUCCUGGGACAUGCGGGAUGCUGAGGUGGCAUGCAGGCAGCUGGGCUGUGGCCCCGUGGUGUCUGCCCUGCACGAGGCUGCGUUUGGGAUGGGGAUGGGCCCUAUCUGGCUGGAGCAGGUGGAGUGCCGGGGGACAGAGCUGUCUCUGCAGGACUGCUGGGCCCGUCCUGGGGACAGCGGUGCUUGCCGGCAUAAGGAAGAUGCUGCCGUGCGCUGCUCAGGUUCCAGGAGAGCUCAGGAGCUCUUCCCCGAGGCCGUGUACGAGGAGAUCGGUUACAGCCCAGCAUGGGAGAAGCAGGCGAGGUUUGGUCGCUCAGGCUCUUCUUCAGAGGAGUCCCUGAGCCAGCUGCAGCCCUCCCCUGGGCUCAGCAAGGACGAGGAUGGUCUGGCAUCAGCAGCAGAUGUUCUUGUCCUGGCCGCAGGUGAGCCAGCAGAUGGCUAUGAUGAUGCCAGGGAGGUUUCUGACCCUGGGGAGGACGCUGCCCCUGAGCAGGGCGAGUGGGAAAUGUCCAGGGUGCCAGAGGAGGGAGCAGGGCCCAGGGAUGCACCCAGAGAUUUCUUCUUAUUAAAAGUCUCUGAGGGCUUUGACCCACAGCUGGUGCUUGCCUGCCCAGGUUUUGGGGUGUCUCCCUGA